GUAAGCCGUUCUGCUGACUUCCACUUAAGCCUUGCCUUUGCUGUGUAUAAAAUUGACAUACUACCUACAAAAAUUAUCAUUUUGUGUUAUUCUUUUUCGUCAAAAAAUCAUUGAAAGUUAUUAAUGUUCCCACAGUAAUACAAAUUUCUUUAUAGCCAAAUAAGAAUAAUUUAAAAUAAAUCUUUCCUCCCAAAUCAUGUGGACGAAAAUCAUAUGGAUAUUUGUUAUAUUUUUACUUCAAAGCCGGAUAUCUGUAUCAAAUGAAACCAAUGUCAGAAAUCCACAACCAAGUGGCUUUGGUAUGCGGUUUCGAUUGCCCUUUACUGAUAUGAAUAUACAAAGUGUCUCCAACUUGAAAAUAAUUAAAGACGUUGCUGGUCAACAGGUGUUUUUACUUCAUGGAACUGAACUCUAUCGAUUGGUCUUAGAAAGAGAUAGAAAGAUGAUAACUUUGAUAGCAAAUUUGGAGGGAGCUUGGCAGGAAUCGGAGCUGUUGGGUGCCGAGAUAAUAUCAUGGCGUCACUUAUUUCUUUUGGUUGUUGCCCUCGAGGAUCAUUUGGAGGUAUUCCAAUUUGCUAACGAGACAAUUAUGAGAGGGUCUACAAAUUUUGUUGCUUCCGAAAUACCCACAAUGGACUCCAUCCAACAGAUAACUCUACAUGGUCGAUAUCGAAAAUUAUUUCUUUGUGAAUCAUCAGAUGAAAGUGUAAAUCUGAUUGUAUUGGUGAACUUCAAUAAGCUCUACAGUAGAAUCAAUACAUACGAAUGGUCGAAGACAUAUUUUGAUCCAAUGGAAGAAAAAAGCAUUCCUCCAAUUCAAGAUAUAAAACUUAUCGGUUCACAAAAUAAAUACCUUAUAACAAGUCGACUAUCAAGAAGUCAAACGAAGAUCACAGUAACAACUUACACCAUUUUACCAACUUUAAAACAAAUUCAAGUCAUGCAAUUGUUAUCGAAUCUUGUCCACCCAUUUACAUAUCAAGAAAGCAAUUACCUACUGACAUGCACUCUAGGACACAAAAAAUGUACCACCUUUAAAAUGACCAAAGAACAAUUUACACUCUACAAGAAACGACCAGCUAAUGAGGUUAGCUUUACCCAUUUUACAGCUGGCGAGCAUAUCCUUGUUGGUCUUAAGGACGAGAAAGUCUCAGUUUAUUUGAAUACACGUUUGGAGUGUUAUGGAACUUUUCGAACUGAUACUAAAAAUAUUUCCUCAAUUUUGACACACAUCAAUAAUCAAGAAGAAAGUCAUUUUAUUUUGUUAAAUUACGUUCGAGAUAAUUCAACUUUAUUGCGAUUUGUCGAAAUUGAAUUUGAACAAAGACCGUCAUUUGAGGUGAACGAUGAUGUUGACGACCUGGGUGAUCCAUUAAAACAUCAAAAACACGCAUUCGAAGAAAGUAUUGCCAAAUUACGUAAAAUUCUACUCAGUCAAAAAUAUUCUUUUGAUGAAAUCAAGAAAACCAUUCAAAGUGAAUCGAGCAGCGUUGCAUAUCAAAAUCCAAUCCGGAUUUAUUCUGGAAAUAUAGGAAUUGUUAAGAUUGUUGGUUCAAAGUUGAGAAGUCCAGUACAAAUUCGACAAAGAUUACAAGCUAUUUCGAGUGGAGAACGAAGAACUCGUUUUAGUCGAGGAUUUGUUGAUGAUUUUAAUAAAACAUCGACAUUGAAUCUGAAAGUGAAGAGUCUACAAGUUGGAAAUUUAAUUCUUGAAAAUGAUCUAAUUCCAGGUUUCAACAUAAGCUCCGACUUCGAUCAUCUCAAAAUCUUAAUACCAGUGACAACGAAAAUUCUUGCUACCAAAGAACUUUUGACAGCCACAGUUAUGGCUAGUCGAAGUUUCAAUCGAUUUAUAACACGUUCAAUUCCUGAAACAACAAUGAGUGUUCGAAAUGUGAAUGUCAAACGGAUCAAUGGUGUAUUAUGGGAAGAUUUCUAUCAGAAUGUCUUUUUGAAGUCACGAGAUCGAUCGAUAAGUGGUCGAUUGAUCUUACAAUCAUCUGCUGAAAUUGACAAUCUUGAAGUUCCAGUAUUAAAUGGUCUUCCAACGAAAAGCUUAUUCAAUCUUGUUAGCGAUCAAAAUAUAACUUCAGAUAUUGUGAUAUCGAGAUUUUUUGCAAGUGAUCUUCAAGUUGAUUUGGUGAAUGGUUUAGAUAUUACACGGGACGUGGCGAUGAAAGGAAUGGAUAACGUUAUUAAGUCACCUGUGAUUGCUGAAGAUGUCAGUGUUGCCGGAGAGCUUAUUUUGGCUGAGAACGAUCAUCGAGCGAGGCAUAUUUUUGGAACUAGCGUUUUAGACCUGCAACAAACCUACACUGGAAAAGUUUUGAUCGAAGGAUCAUUAACUUUAGCUAAUGUCUUCGUAGAAGAUCAGCAAAAGACUCGAAUAUUUGUCGGUGAAAACGAGUUAUCAGCGGACAUUAAAACAAACUUUUGGAUGAAAUCAAUUUCUCAGGAAUUCGACAAACCGAUAUCAUUCAUUGACUGCACUAUUUCUGCGCCAGCCUUAAACACCAUCAACUUAAACAAUCAUCCUAUUUCGGACUAUCUCUUCACAACGACUAUGCAAAGUGUCAAACCUGUUUUAUUGAUCUUUAUUUCGGCUCACAUCCAAGGUAGUUUAAUAGCAGACAAAGUUCUUGGUACGAAAAUUCGACACAUUGACAGAACUGCUGUCAAAAUAACCGAACCAAUGGUUAUCUCUGGGGAAAAAGUAUUCCAAGGAGAUCUUUCAUUCUAUCAUGGUGAAAUUAAACUUCUGAAUCAGCUUGCAGCUCAAGACAUCAUCUCCAAUAACCGAAAAGUCAUAAACUUUACUGGGAACAAGACCUUUAAAUCGAUAACUGUUACCGAAAAAGCUACAGUUACUAAAAACUUAAAUGCUCGUCUCCUCAAUGGAGCAUCUUCGUCGAAAAGUGAUCUUUCUGAAACUGAUAAUCAUUUCGGAACCGUUGUUAUAAGCUCAACUUUGAAAGUUAAAAACCUUCUUUUUGACUUUUUGAAUCGAUUUUCCUCGGAGGAGAUCUUCAACCGCAUUCGCCAAGUUGACAAUGAUCUUAUUCUUCAUAAGGAUAUCUUCGUGGAAGGAAGUUUAGAAUUCAAAGCUGAUCUUCACGUCGAUACAGUAAAUGAUAUCGAUUGGAAAACCUACGUCGAUUCCUUGGUUCGUGUGAAUGAAAAUACUAUCAUCACUGGAAGGAAAACUUUUAGCAAUGAACUUACAAUACUCACAGAACUUAAAACUCCAACCAUUAACAAUCUUCUAAUCGAUAAUCUCUUCGGAAAUAUUCUUCUCAAGUCUCAAUAUCAAGUCAUAAGUGGAGCAUAUACUUUCGAUAACCUCAAUCUUACCAACAUCAAUGUUCCUGAUAUAAAUGGUUUUUCAACUUCCGAAUUUAUCGAUACACGAUCACUUAAAGUGAUCAUUAAUUCUGAUAUUAUUUUGCAGAAACUAACUGUUCGUGGAAGUCUUUUUGGAAGACUAGAUAUUGAUUUAAAUUUGAUGCAAAAUCGAAUCAAUAGCAUUCUAUCGAAUCCCUGGAAGAAUCUUUAUGUUCUUGGUGAUGCCAGUUGGCCUUGGGGUGAUGAUCAACAAAGUUUGGACCUGCAAUAUAUUUUCAAAAACGCUGUCCGACAUUUCGAUGAUCAAAUUAUAACAGGAAAUGUGAAACUUAAAAAACCUCUCAUCACUACAAUGCAUACAAAAGAAAUUUUCCCCAAAGAUAUCGAUUUUGAUCACAUUGCAACUGAUUGUCUAUUUCAUAAUAGUUCAAUGGAAGAAGUUGUUUUAGCCAGCAAAAUCUUCUUAAAACCUAUUCAACUGGCAGAAUUUACAGCUUUGAGUCAUUUGGGUACAAAAGCAAUUAAUGGAAUCGAUAUUUUACAAUUUAACUCAUCACUAUAUCGAUUAAGUCAACCAUCUUCGAUUAUACAAGGACCGAUCAAUUUUCAAGUUCCACCUAUAUUCGGGCAUCUAACGGUUCAAGGUUUAGUAAAUCACAUGCCAACAAACAAUAUAUUCCUAGCUUAUCCAGAUCGUAUGUGGCCUCCAGUAAAAAUCGAUACCCUACAAGUUGAUGGUGAUCUUCAAUUAUUCGAUAUCGAUCAGAUGAGUUUAAAUUUCUUGCUUCAAAAUCGAGUACGUAAAUCAGGACCAGGUCAAGAAAUAUUUGGUCAUCUCACAUUUGAAAAUCUUGUGCUGGAUAAAAAGGUAUUUCUUCAAUCGAUAAAUGGUAUAUCAAUGGAUAAUGUUGUGCAAAAAAAUUCAGCAACUCUUCAAGAAAUCACUGGAGCAAAAACUAUCGAUGGUGAACUACAACUAAUUGGUCCUGCUAUGAUUGUAAAGUUAAAUAAUAUCGAUUUAAUUGAACGAUAUCGGCAAACAAUAUUUCUUGAUAAAAAUUAUGAAUUCGAUAGUUUAUCGAUACCAAAUGGAACAUUUAAAGAAAAAUUGAUAGUUUCAACUCCAUUAGCUUCAAAGAAUCCAUUACAUGAUCUUAUUCAAAAUAAAACUUACAAAGAGAGUUUCAAAGCCCACACAAAGACUCUCAAGAAUAUUGAAACAAAUUUGAGAACUGCCCAGCAUGUUAUCGAUACCAAAGCUUUGAAUCCCAAGAGAUUGGUUUACCUGGAUUAUGAUUUUAGUACAUUAAUCGAAUGGAAAUUAAGAAAUGAUUCGAUUCAAGAAGAAUUUAUUUUCGAUAACAAUAGAUAUCAGUAUUGUGAUCGAGAGCAAACUAUUGUCAAAUGGUCACGAUAUCACAAUAGAAUAUCGUUGAGUAAGACAAUUACAAAUUCUGUUACAGCCAAUGAAUAUGGAAUAACUGUGAAAGCCGAUAACAACUGCAAAGAGGGCUACCGUCAUGUAAAUAGUCUCAUAACGAUAACCAACCCUCAUUUUAAUAAAAGAUUCAUGCUUGAUAAACUUGUACAUAGUAUAGAAAUUUACAAUGCUAUCGAUUGGUUUGUGAUGGUUCAUGGUAUUGACUUAUAUGCAGGACACAAUGAAAUACGAUUUCUAAAAAUCGAUAAUCACUUUAAAACAGUGCGAGACUGGCAACUUUUAACCGAUGGCGUGGGUAAGGUUUCAAAGCUAUUCAAACUAAGUUCCCAUACAAUAUUAGUGGUAUCAACUGUUAUCGAAAAUUAUCCAUCAAUAACCAUCUAUAAUCUCAAUACCGUUACUCAAAUAUUUGAUAUCGUUCAAGUAAUCGAUGGUGAUUUUGAUAUUAUCGAACUAGCUCAAGUUACACCACACAGUUACCAUUUAUUCUUAAGUUGUGUUCACUGUCAAAGAAUUGUCAUAUUUGAAUAUGAUACCUCCGUUAGUUCGAGCUUAGAAGACUGUCAAAUGUAUCAUAUCUAUCAAAUCAUUAAACUGAAAACACGAAUCGAUAGAUUUAAUAUAUUUACACUCUCUGAUGGUGGGAUAUAUUUGUUAGUGUUAUCGGAUCAAGAUAUCGAUUUCUAUCACAUUUACAAAUAUCAAUAUAUUCAAGGAUGGAAACAUUUUACUUAUGGUUAUUUUAAAAAUAUCCAAAAUGCAUAUCCAUUGCUUAAGGGUGGCAUAUCGAGUGUUGAUGAUAAUUUGCUGUUGCUGUGCAAUCGAAAGUGCACUUUGGUGAAAGCUUUCUAUCAAUUGUAAAUGGAUAUACCUAUCAUGGUGGCCUGAGGUACCGGAAAUAGUUUAUUUUAAGAUUUUUUAAAUGUAAAUUUUGAUGUGUAAAUAAGUAUGUUUUGGUUUGGUUGGAAAGUUGAUUUCUUUUUGUAAAUAAAUUGUUAAAAGUUAAAA